ACGCCUUCAACGACUGCGAGUAUGUUGACAGCUCGCAAAGCUCCCAGGGCAUGUCAGUCAUGUCGUGUGCAGCUGCUCUCUCUCUUUGAACACGGCUUUACUCAGCCUGCGAGCCCCAAUGCGUCACGACUGCGAUACAGCCCCCAAAGCCUUCCAGCUCCUCAGCCUCGCCACAGUUUAACUGUCAGAAGAUUCACAACCACCCAAAUUCGAGCAGACGAACCCAAGCAAGAUCUGCCAGAGGUCGUGGAGGCAAGGGCAGUGAGCAUUGAGUCGAUAGUCAGGCAGGCAAGACAGACGUUUGGGGAAACGCUUCCGAAGGAUUAUCUCUCGACAGAGGAAUACGUGCUCUACGAACGAUUAUAUGGCCCACCCCUACGCGAAACGAGACCGGAUGACCUGGAAUAUAUACCUGAUGGAGGAGAGGAGGCCACAGGGGACAGUGUACGAAAUGUGCUGUUGAAGGAGACCGGAAAUGGAGAAUUUGAAGAAAUCGAAUUUGAUCCUGCGCUGGGAUUUUCUGUCAUUGAAGAUGGAAUGUCCGCGGCGGACUAUGAAGUGGACGAAUUAGAACUGAAUGCAGAGGAAGAGAUCAUUGCGGGCGAAGCUCUAGAAGCUGCUCUCGCUGAGCAGGCCGAGUCUCAAAUGUCUGCAGAAGGUGAGGAUAUAGUCCAAGCCCAGGGGAAGAACCAGAGGGAGAUUAAUGCGAUAUCACGACUUCAACGAGAUAUGGAUGAAGUCGUGGCACCGCCGGCUUACGAGGAGGACGAUAUUGACGAAGAGUAUGAGGAGGACCUGGAAGAGGACCAGGAGGAGGAAGAAUAUGAGGAAAACGAGUCAGAUACCUACCUCGAUUCCGACACCACUCGAACACAUCCGCAUACAAUGACUGCACGAUCCGGUACGAAUCCAGCUACAUUGUCAUUGCCCGAGGAGCAGAUGAUAAAGCCCAUGUCCGAACUGCUCGCCCGAGCGGACAUGAAACAUAUUAGGGAGGCUGCGGAAAAGGCAUUUGGCGGGAAGGGUUUGCCAUAUUCCUCCUCGACGCCCGCAUCGAAGAAGUUACUUCCGCAGAAGCAUAUCGGGCUAGAUGCUUCACAGCACAGGAUGUCUGAGAUCGAGGCAGAUGCGUAUAUUGCGGGUGUCUUGCCAGGUACCUAUGCGUCUGUUAUGAGUACCCUGGUGGAAGUCCGAAAGCGUCUUGGGAGGGAAUGGUUGCGCGACCUGAUCUUCCGAGAGGGCGGAGAAGGGCCUAGAGUGCUGGAUGCUGGUGCAGGAGGGGCUGGUAUAAUUGCGUGGAAGGAGGUCUUGCAAGCGGAAUGGGAUGUUCUGAAGGACGAAGGUAUCGUGAAAGGGGGAAACCCUCCAUCUGGAAAAGCUACAGUUCUAACGGGUUCGAACUCUCUCCGGCAUCGAAUAUCAAAGCUGCUUGAUAAUACCACGUUUCUCCCUCGUCUGCCCGAUUAUAUCCAUGCUUCAAAUCUAGAAACCCACCUGGAUGGGUCUCCUGCCCAAGGACGCAAAGCUUUCGAUGUCAUAAUCGCACCCCACACAUUGUUUCCUUUGAAAGAGGACUUUCGACGCAAGAACAUGGUCCAGAACCUGUGGUCACUUCUCAACCCCAAUGGCGGUGUUCUGAUUCUCAUUGAGAAAGGCUUGCCUCGCGGAUUCGAGGCAAUAGCAGGUGCAAGAUCUCUCCUCCUUAACUCGCAUAUCUCGUCGCCUGGAGAUACAGCCUUAGAGUCUCGGAUCGAAUCAGCAGACGCCGAACGCUUCAUUGCAAAGGAGGAGGGCAUGAUAAUUGCACCUUGCACGAACCACUCGAAAUGCCCAAUGUAUCCAAUUCCUGGGCUCAGUACAGGCAGAAAGGAUUUCUGCCAUUUCGAGCAAAGAUUUAUUCGCCCUGCAUAUCUGCAGCGAUUACUGGGUGCCAAGAUCCGCAAUCACGAAGACGUCAAAUACAGCUAUGUCGCGGUCCGCCGUGGUGUUGAUGCUAGAAAGGCUACAAACGCCUUGAUGCAAGGUGAGGAAGCCACUCUUCAAUCAUUUGAAGGCUAUGAAGGACACGAUUUGCCCGAUGCCGAAACAGAGAUGUCUUUGGAAGCAAGCGAUAUCAAGUUCCAUCCUUUGUCCCUACCUCGCUCAGUUCUUCCGCCGCUUAAGCGUCGUGGACAUGUCACCCUUGAUCUCUGUACCCCAUCCGGCAAGCUAGAGCGCUGGACCGUUCCUAAGAGUUUCAGCCGAACUGCAUAUCGAGAUGCGCGAAAAUCGAAAUGGGGAGAUCUUUGGGCGCUGGGCGCAAAGACCAGAACGCCGAGACCACCUCGACUCGGUAGACUGGGAGAAAAUGGCAAGGGAAAGGCGAAGAAGGUGAAGGGCAUUCGAGAUGGAAGGAUGGGCAAAGGUGGAAAGAAGAUGAAGAAGCAUCAGUUUAAUGAAGACGAUUUGUGAUGAAGUGUAUUAAAACCUUUUACGGGUGGUUUGCGUAAACGGAGUCAGAUCUCUGCUCUUCAAAUAUUGUAUUAUACUCUAGGGCGUGCCCAGCAUGAUCCAGGUCCAGAACCUUUCAAAACGAACCACUCCAAGACACGUCCCUAG